UGAUGAUCCAACGAAAGGCUCUUCUUUUAUUUUUUCGCGAUUGCAACCUAAGAUGAACGGCUACGUAAUUUGACUGUACGACUACGAAAAAAGCCGAAACCUUUGAUCGAAAAUUUCAAUAUUUUUAACGAACCAUACAUAACUCGCCAACCUAAAAAUGACCGCUACAUUAAAGAGGUUCAACUACUUCUCUUUCAUUAACCCUUGGCUCCACAACUCCACAAUUUUGUCCUGUCGUCUUCCUCGAUUCCAGCCAGCUACUUCGUUUUUGAAUUCUGGGUUUCGAUUCUUCCAAUCCAACCAUCUCUUCUCUUCACAGUCUGGUUCACUCAUGGAAGUGUUUAAAGCAGCUUUUUCAGAAGGGUCUAAUUCCGGUGAUAGGAUAGCGAUUAAAGCCGAUGGGAAGAGUUACUCUUAUGGCCAGCUAACAUCGUCUGCCUUGAGAAUAUCUAGAUUGUUCCUCAGCGACGACACUACAAAUGGAGGUGAUACUAAGAAGUAUGAAGGGUUUGGUAGUCUCCAAGGAGCUAGAGUUGGAAUUGUGGCAAAACCUUCAGCUGAGUUUGUUGCCGGUGUCCUGGGGACAUGGUUUAGUGGUGGCGUAGCAGUUCCACUUGCACUCAGCUAUCCAGAGGCUGAACUCUUAUAUGUUAUGAAUAAUUCGGAUAUAUCUGUGUUAUUGAGUACGGAGGACCAUAGUGAGACUAUGAAAACUGUCGCAGAAAAGAGUGACGCUCGAUUUCUUCUGAUUCCCUCUGUUGUUAACUCAACUUCGGAAACUGUUACUCACAAUCAGUUUCAAGAUGACAUUUUUGAAGGAGAAGAUAAACUUCUAGAUGAUCCAGCAUUGAUCGUCUAUACUAGUGGUACAACUGGUAAACCAAAAGGAGUUGUCCAUACGCAUAAAAGCAUCAAUUCCCAGGUUAGAAUGCUAACUGAAGCGUGGGAGUACACAUCUGCUGAUUGCUUUCUUCACUGCCUCCCACUACAUCACGUGCAUGGACUUUUCAAUGCUUUAUUUGCUCCUCUUUACGCGCGGUCUUCGGUUGAGUUUUUGCCCAAAUUUAGUGUUAGUGGAAUCUGGCGCAGAUGGCGUGAAUCAUACCCGGUGAAUGAUGAGAAGACCGAAGACGCCAUAACUGUAUUUACCGGAGUUCCAACCAUGUAUACUCGGUUGAUACAAGGUUAUGAAGCAAUGGAUCGAGAAAUGAAAGAGCCGAGCGCUUUUGCUGCACAGAAGCUUCGCCUAAUGAUGUCUGGCUCCUCUGCUCUUCCUAGACCGGUCAUGCAUCAGUGGGAAAGUAUCACAGGUCACCGUCUUUUGGAACGAUAUGGCAUGACUGAGUUUGUAAUGGCAAUAUCAAACCCCUUACGGGGUGCACGAAAGGCAGGCACUGUCGGCAAACCGCUUCCCGGUGUGGAGGCUAAGAUUGUAGAAGAUGAAAAUGAUUCAGAUGGAGUGGGUGAGAUCUGUGUAAAGAGCCCGUCUUUGUUCAAGGAGUACUGGAAUCUUCCAGAAGUGACUAAAGAAUCAUUCACGGAAGAUGGAUACUUCAAGACAGGAGAUGCUGGUAGAGUGGAUGAGGAUGGACAUUACGUGAUUCUAGGACGCACUAGCGCUGACAUUAUGAAAGUUGGAGGAUACAAAUUGUCUGCCUUAGAAAUCGAAUCAACCCUUCUCGAGCACCCUAAGAUUGCAGAAUGUUGCGUGUUGGGGUUACCAGACAAAGAUUAUGGGGAAGCAGUUACUGCGAUAAUUGUAGCAGAGACGGAAGCAAAGAAGAGACCAGAAGAUGAGUCAAAACCUGUGAUGAGCUUAGAAGAACUCUGCGGUUGGGCUAAAGACAAACUUGCUCCUUACAAGCUACCGACACGUUUGCUGAUAUGGGAGAGCUUGCCCCGCAACGCCAUGGGAAAGGUGAACAAGAAAGAGCUAAAGAAAUCUCUGGAUGAUCAAAAGUAAAUUCUCAUAAAACCAUGGAUGUCUCUGGUUGCUUCUUGGUUCUAUGAUUGUAGUAGUAUUACACACAACGCAAUAUGCAAAAAUGUAUUUUCUUCUUUUAGUUUUCUAUAUUAUUUGAUUUGAUGUAAUAAGGUCAAGCAUCUCAAGACAAAACUAUUUGGAAAGUAAAUCUUAAUUA